AUGAAGAACCUAGCCCAACUGUCAACCCAGUUACUGUUUGCCAGUUUCAUUCUGGCCAUCUUCCUUCCUUCAGGUUCUGAUGCCUUCGUCGCACCCUCGUGGUCUACCACCGCCCAUGCAUCGAGGUGGCAACUUUCGCCACUGUCGUUUGCUCCUUCCCCCUUCUCCUCUCAGGCAUCAGUGUGCAAGCAUGGGAUAUUGUUUCCGCCUUCUUCGCCCCAAAGACUCCGCCAUGCUCAACGCGCAGAGCCCCUUUACAUGGCGGCCAAGAGAAAGGCUGCCAAAUCGGUAAGCGGCAAGCUUAUGCCUGCUGUCCAAGGCGUCAUGUCUUGUGCUACCAAGGUUCUUGCUACCCUAUUUGUAGAGCUGAAGCAACUAUCCAAGAUUCAAGCCCUUCUUUUUGUUGCCAUUUUCUGGAUUGGACUGACCAUUGGACGAUCUCCCUCCGCUAUCGGUGGCAUGGCUCUGAAACGAUUCCAAGAGGCCUCGGAAAUUCCUAGUGCUUUCUUUGGUCCCAGUGCUCCCUUGCUACGAGGAAGAGUCACUUCAUGCAGUGACGGUGAUACCAUUCGAUUCUUGCAUGUUCCCAAUCGCUUCAGUGCCAACAAAUUGGAAAAGGGUCAAACUCAGACAGAAUACUGCUUGCCAAUUCGCUUGUGCAGUAUGGACACACCCGAAACUGCCAAGUUUGGCAAACCCGGGCAACCUUUUGGUCAAGAAGCCAAAGAGUAUUUGCAAAAAUUGCUGGAUCAAAAAAUGAUCAAGAUUCGACUCUUGCAAAAGGAUCAGUACGGGCGUGCCGUUGCCGAAGUUUAUGCCCCCAAUGGCAAGGGAUGCGAUGAACUAAUGUUGAAAAAGGGAUUCGCGGAAGUAUACCUGGGAGGAGGUGCAGUGUAUGGUCCAUUGGGCAAGGACAAGUAUUUGGCGUUCGAGGCUCAAGCCAAAAAGAAAAAGUUGGGCAUUUGGUCUACGGGAAAGCGCGAGUCAGCAGCCGAGUUCAAGAAGCGGACCAAGAAGUGA